AUGUUGAUUUCCUUCGCUAUUGCAUAUGUGAAGAAUCCUUUUAAAAAUCCAUGGGAGUUAAAGUUGCGUUUGGUGCCACCGGCGAGUUUAACAGACCCAAAAUACGGUGUUCAUAAAUAUGUGAAGGCUAAUAAUAUCAAGAUACAUUACGUGGAAAGCGGAGACUCCACGAAGCCUUUGAUGCUGUUUCUGCAUGGCUAUCCGGAGUUUUGGUAUUCAUGGCGACACCAAAUUGUCGAAUUCAAUAAAGAUUACUGGUGCGUGGCUAUGGACAUGCGCGGGUACGGCGAUUCAGAAAGGCCCGAUGGAGUUUCCUCGUAUAAAAUUAACGUUUUGAUCGAGGAUGUUCGCGAUUUUCUUAAAGAAUUGGGGCGAGAAAAAUGUAUCCUAGUGGCACACGAUUGGGGUGGAUUGGUGGCGAGUAAACUCCGCGACCAGCACUCUGAUGUCGUGCAAGCUUUGAUUAUGCUGGGAAGCGCCUCAGGAGAGGCCUUGUUUCAAGAAAUUUGGAACAGUCCAAAACAACGAAAAACAUCUUGGUAUAUAUUUUUCUACCGCAUGCCGAUGUUACCUGAGCUAUUGAUGCAAAUGAAUAACUUAGAGAUUCUUGAUAAAAUUUUCAAAGGGCAAGAAGAAAACUGUAUCAACGAGAACGACAUCGAGUGCUACAAAUACUGGUUUGGGAAACAAUAUGCACUCACCCCGCCGAUAAACUACUAUCGCGCAAACUUCCCGUUAAUUGUUCCCGAGAAGUAUAAGGAAGAAAACAUCCCAAUGCUCGUACAACGCUCUUUGGAAUUCAGGAUGUCACUGACGAUACAACAAAUUAUUUUGGAUGCAAAAAGACUGGCUGGCCGUUUAAAAGAACGAGAAACAGAAGCGGAUGCUUUGCUAACUGAGACUCAAUCUGCUUACAGGCAAAUUCAUACUAUGAAACAGUACAAACAAGAGGUGGACACUCUUAAUGAAGCUUCAAGGGAAAGGCCACGAGGAGAGCUAAUUGCUAGUAUAGAUCGGGAAUCUAGACUUAUGCGUGAUGUCCAAAGAGAAAAUGGGGAGUUACGUGCAGCUCUUGAGGACCAUAGAAGGGCAUUGGAGCUAAUAAUGUCAAAGUACAGGCAACAUACAGAAAAAAGGAUAUGGGAGUCGCGGAUAGAUUUUACUGCUGCCAUUAAUGACAAGCAACAAGAGUUAAUUCGCCAACAAGCAGAGAGGAUCAAUGAAAUGACAAGUGUUAUGUAUAAGGCAGUAAACAUGGAUGAGAAUGGAGAUUCAAGAAAAGAAGAAGAACUUUACCAAAGGCUUAUUACUGAGAACAAGGGCCUCAGGGAGAUGUUGGAUUUAUCAAGGCGGUAUGGUUCAGAGAGAACAUUUGCUCCACCAACAGAAGAUAAGCACGUACAAACAGAUGGUCCUUCUCUAUCAAAUGCG